CAAGUUCUAAAAACUUUUUUUAUGAAACUUUAGUGGAAAUGUUGAUUUUGCUGACCAUCGGGAGUACAAGGGACUGACCAGUGACUACUACUACUCACGCUAUUGUGUACCUCGGAAGUAAAUGAUCUUGUGGUGGCAACUAUUGAUCUCGGAACAACUUAUUCUGGUUAUGCUUUCUCCUUCAAAUCUGAUUAUGAGAAAGACCCGCUUAAAAUCAACGUUGGAACAUGGAACGAUGGAAAGAAUCAAGUCCACAGAACGCCUUCGGUCCUUCUCCUGAAUCCAGACAAGUCGUUUAAUUCGUUUGGAUUUGAAGCAGAAAACAACUUUGCCAACAUAGCCAAUGAUAAAACCAAGAAGGGUGAUCUGGAAAAGUAUUAUUACGUAGAUUCCGUCAAGGAUGAUACUUGAUCAAGCUACGGAGAGUGACCAAAAUGAGAUUCCGCGUGACAUGGAAGUGGAUGAUAUCUUCGGAAAGCCAAUAUCAUUUAUGUAUGUUAUUGUGAAGUCGAUUCGGUACCUCAAACAGCAUCUUCUGGAUGCUCUGCACUCCCGUAAGGAUGAAACUGGGAUGAAAGACGUCCGAUGGGUCAUUACAGUAUCAGCCUUAUGGACAGACCAAGCAAAACAUAUGAGGGAUUGCGCAAUUGAGGCUGGUAUACUGGAAGAUGCACUAUCGUUGGCAUAUGAACCGGAGGUGGAGGCGGUGUUCUACAAACAACUUCUGGUAGAUCGAGACAGUGGAGCAAACAGUAGCAUAGUCAAAGAAAGCGAAAUACUCAUGGUGGUAGAUAUUGGAGGUGGCACUGCUGACGUCACUGAACAUCAGGAGGAAUCAGGGAAGAAGAUGAUGAGUACAUUAACCGUUAGUGGGGGACCAUGGGGAGGUGCAAGAGUCAACGCCGCAUUCAUGAGCUUCUUUAAAGAGACAUUCGGAGAUAAGGUAAUCAGAAGGCUGAAAAAAAAGGAAACUGGAGACUAUCUAGAACUGAUCCGUGAAUUUGAGGUUAAGAAACGAAAUACGGAUAUACUGAAAGAAGGGAAAGAUCUGAUAAUCAAGCUCCCUGUAGCGCUUCUUGAGUUAUACGAAGAAAUCAACGGCAAGAGCUUUGAGAAUUCCACUGAUUGUUUUACUUUGAACAAAGACAAAAUGCACAUCAAACCAUUCAAAUUUGAUAGUUUCUUUCGUGAAACAAUCUCCAAUAUCACGGAACAUCUGAAAUCCGUAUUGGAUGGCGACAAGAUCAGCGUAGCCACUAUUCUAAUGGUAGGAGGGUUUUCAGAGUGCAAACUGGUCAGCGAUGCAAUCAAAGAAGCAUUUCCUCGCCAAAAUCCUGUCACACCUGAGGAAGCUGGUAUGGCUGUCCUCAAGGGAGCUGUCCUGUACGGUCAGCGACCAGAAUCAAUCGCCACUGUAUACAAGAGACAAUGAGUUUUGGAAGUAUAAUACAAGGGAAGUCGAAAUCUAUAAGUCCAUGAAAUUUAACCCAAAAUACGUCACAGAGGCAAACUGCAACCGACAUGCGAUAUCUGUGAUGGAUCCAACAUAAGGAGGCUGGCCGAAAAAAAGUUUUCUCGAGAAUCGUAAUGGAAGUUGGCUUUUGGUUUAUUUCAGGUGUUUCCCUUAAAACUAGAUGGUGGUUUAAGUUCAUUUCAGCUGUCUCCCUAUACACGUGAUGGUGAUUUUGGCUUUUGUUUUUUUAACUGUUUCCCUUUACACGUGAUGGUGAUUUUGACUUUUUUUUUUUUUUUUUUUUUUUUACUGUUUCCUUAUACACGUGAUGGUGAUUUUUACAUUUGAUUUGUUUUAGUUGUCUCUCUUUACACGUGAUGGUGAUUUUUACUUCUACUUAAUUUUCGUUUUUUCCCCUUUAGACGUGAAGAUGAUCUUGACUUUUUGUUCAUUUGAGUUUUUCCCCUUACACGUAAUCGUGUUUUUGACUUUUGGUUUAUUUUUGUGAUUUAAAAAUUUUGAUUCAUUUUAGUUGUUUUCGUCUACAAGUGAUAGUGAUUUAAAUUUUCUUUUAUUUCAGGUUUUCCCUUUAGACGUGAUGAAGAUUUUGGCUUUUCGUUUAUUUAAGUUGUUUUCCUUUACACAUGAUGGUGAUUGUAGCCUUAUUUUUAUUAGUUCAAGUUAUUAACAUUCGAUAAAUAAUAAUGAGAUUGCAAUUUGAAGAGGGAGCUGUCCUGUACGGUCACCGACCAGAAUCAAUGACCACUGUAUACAAGAGACAGUUAGUUUAGGAAGUAUGAUGCUAAGGAAGUCCAAGAAAUUUAACCCAAAAUUCGUCACAGAGGCAAACUUAUUAUUAUUUCAUGUGUUUUCCUUAAAAAUUAGAUGGUGGUUUAGGUUUAUUUCAGCUGUUUCCCUAUACAUGUGAUGGUGAUUUUAACAUUUGAUUUAUUGUAGUUGUCUCUCUUUACACGUGAUGGUGAUUUUGACUUUUGCUUGAUUUUCGUUUUUUCCCCUUUAGAUGUGAAGAUGAUUUUGACUUUUGGGUUGAUUGAGUUGUUUCUCUUUACACGUAAUGGUGAUUUGAGAUUUUGGUUUAUUUGAGUUUUUUCUCUUUUCACAUGUUGGUGAUUUUGACUUUUCAUCUGUUUCCUUUUACACGUAAUGGUAUUUUUGACUUUUGGUUUAUUUCAGUAUUUCCCCCUCCCUUACAUGUGAUGGUGAUUUUGACUUUUGGUUUAUUUUAGAUUCCCCCUUUUAGACGUGAUGGUGUUUUUUACUGUUUAUUUUCGUUUUUCUCUCUUUUUACACGUGAUGAUGAUUUGAAAUUUUGGUUCAUUUUAGUUAUUUCAUCUACACGUGAUUUUGACUUUUGGUUUAUCUGGGGUUUUUCCCUUUACACGUGAUGGUGAUUUUGGAUUUUGGUUAAUUUUAGUUUUUUUUCCAUCUUCACGUGAUAGUGAUU